AUGUCUUUAAGCAAAGAAGCAGAGCAUCUCGCCAACGCCUCCCACCCAUCAGAUCCCUCACCAGCCUACCAAGCCGAAGCAGGCCCCUCAUCUCAAAACGAACCAUCAUCCGAUAAGAUCCCCACGGCCGAAAACCCCUUCAACUUCCCCUCCUCCUCACCUCUCCCAAGCUACUCCGAAGCCUCAUCAGCCCAAGAACCCCCCAUCGCCAUUCCCCAAGAAAACCCCACUCAAACAUCUCCCUUCCUCAAAGCUUAUGCGCCCGCUCUCCUCGGUCAUGGCAUCACAAAAGAAGCAUGGGGUUCGUUCCUCGAUACCAUUUCCGCCUUCAUGACAGCCAAGGUUGGAGAGCGCGCUAUUAACCACGCUGGAGAUGUCGCUAAGAGCGUUGGACAACAACCUGUUAAUUACGUCAAGAAUGUUCAAAACCAUGCUAAGAGCGUUGGUAAGAACAUCGCCGCCAACACCAAGCGCGGUAACAUUAUUGGAGCAGCGGUUGGUGUUGUCGGAGGCGCCAUAUCCAUUCCUCUAGGCGCUGUUUUCGGUGCCGUAGGAACAGUCGUUAGUCUUCCGGGACGAACAAUCGCAGCAGCUACGCGAAAACCGAAAACACCUGCUGAACGCGCGGUCGCGUAUGUCGUUGUCGCAAAUCACGAUUGGUUGAACAAGCGAGGCUUGCACGCGAGCUUGGUCAACACAGAACAACUCUCGGAGGUCGUCGGUGUUUCUGUAAAGGCGCUGUUGGAAGCUUCAGCAGAGGGUGAUAAGAGCGCUGGACCGCUGGGACCUUUGAGUGCGCUGAGUGAUCAUAUUGCUCAUCUUGAGAUUAAUGGGCCUGGGGUUGUUGAUAUUGGGGCUGAGACUUGGUGGUUGGUUUUGGUGAGGGUUGAAGCUACUGCUUAG